CUCUCUCUCUCUACAAAGACAACAUCAACAAACAACAACAACAGCUAUCUAUCUUUCUCUCUCUAUCUAUUUAUUCAUUUGUCUGCCCCCAUUCUCUCUCUCUCUUUCUCUCGCCUCGUAUCUCUCAUCUUCCUUGCUUCCCAUGCCCUAAUACCCCCUUUUCUGCACACCCACUUCUCUCCUUCAAUCUCAUGCAAAUCGUGUCCCUAUUGCUAUUUGAUCCGUCAUCCAGAUUGGCAAUCAAUUCCUUGUUUCUUAAGAGAAUGCAACGCUAUUAUUCAUUUUAAACUCUUCUGCAAUACUGACCUAGGAGGCAUAUGAAUAAUGAAGGAAAACAAUUCAUCAGCACCGACAAUGAUUAACAGUAAAUGGGUUUUAAAGCGUAAGCGGAGAAAGCUCCCUUUAGGACAGGAUCAAUCCUCUGGUAAAGAUGAAUCCAAUGGUAAAGAGCAGCCCAAUUGUAAAGAGCAAUCCAACGGUAAAGAACAAUCAAAUGGUAAAGAUGACAAUUCAGCCACAUCUGAAUCAUCUAGGAGUGCUUCGGUCAAACGCAUGCUAAAGACUGAAGUAGCGACUGAUCAAUCUUCGUCCAAGAAGAAAGGACAUGACGGGUAUUACUAUGAAUGCGUGGUCUGUGAUCUUGGUGGCAACUUGUUGUGCUGUGAUAGCUGUCCUCGCACCUAUCAUUUGCAGUGUCUUAGUCCACCUCUUAAGCGCAUCCCCACGGGGAAGUGGCAAUGUCCAAGCUGCUUUGAAGAAAAUGAUCACCUAAAGCCUAUGGACCAUUUGGAGUCAAUUUCAAAACGAGCAAGGACCAAGAUAGCUAAGGACAAGCCACAAGUUGGAGUCAACUCACUUUGCCUUGAGAAAGUUUCCCGAAUUUUCGGAAAUAAACAUGUUUCCAAGAAAAGGUCAUCAAGCAAGGCAAAGCCUAUUUCAAGUUUGGGGGUGAAAUUCUUUGAUAAGAAACCAUUUUCUUCCUUAGUGGAUGCAAACAAACCAUGUGACCCAUCUGUUGGGAGUUCCAUAGAAGGAACUUCAUCGUGUGCCGAUGUUGAUGACAAAAAAUCAAGUGCUUCCCCAACAGUUUUCCUUGUGGAUGAGAGGGCAUCUUCACCUGCAACGGAAAUUGUUUCUCCUUCUAAAGAUACUAAUUUAGAGUCAACUGAUGAACAGUUGGAAGGAAAGCCUGAUUUAUCUUGUAAUCAAAUGCCUGUGAAAAAGACAGUUGUUCUUGCAAUUGGUGUUGGUGGAGAGGAGGGGAGAAAAAGGAAGCAUAAAGAUGUUAAUAAUAAUACUAGUCAAAAGAAGCGUAGGACUGAAAAGGGGAAAACUUUUGUCAAUACAUCUGUAAAGUGUAAGUCUGCUAAUAAUAAAACACCAAAGAAGCAGAAAUCUGUAACUUAUAGCAUUUCUGCAUCUGGAUCAAAAGAGAAAUUUGGAAAGAAAGAUUCUGAAGUCCAGAAGAAAGAUCAGAUGAUCUCUCGGCUAAUAAAAGACACAUCAAAUGAGCCGGAUAUAGCAGGAAGGCAUGUGGAUGGAACUUUGAUGCGUGAUGAUAGUGCUGUUGUUGAAUCUUUGCAGGUUGAUCGGGUUUUAGGGUGUCGAAUUCAGGGUGAGAAUGCAAACACAAUACAACAUGGAUCUUUGACCAUUUCAAAUGACUCACCUGGUGAUCAGGCAAUCUCAGAAAACCAGAAUAGACUAGUGGAGGAUAAUUCCACCGAUGAUAAUGAUUUGGAUGCUGAAACAGUUGAAAAUGUUGUUGAUGAUCCACAAAAUGAUAUCAAAAGUUCUGGUAAAGAAGAAACAUUGACAAACUCCAAUAGAGUGGAAACAAUUAAUGUAUACAGAAGAUCUACAACAAAGGAAAGUAAGAAGGGAAAUUCCGCAGAUUCAUUGAGUAAACCUACUGAUGAUUUAGAUUCCUGUCCCAGGGAUAGUAAUGAUCAGGAUGAUUCUACCGUUUCUGCUGAAAAUUUGGAAAAAGCAAGUGACAAGAUGGAGGUGGAGGAGAGUAUCACUGUUGCUUUAAGAAGCAAUGAUAACAGUGGGCUUCCAGAAAACUGUGAAAUGCCGGCCACUCUUGAGACAAAACUGAAAGAAGUGGAUAUGGAGAAGGGAGUGAGUACCGAUGUGAUUGAGAAUAAAGUUCUGGUUGCUAAUGUGGCUGAAUCUUCUUGUCUAGAUGGAAAGAAAGUCUCCUAUGAAUUUUUAGUUAAGUGGGUAGGAAAAUCUAAUAUUCAUAAUAGUUGGAUUUCUGAAUCCCGGUUGAAAGUUCUUGCCAAGAGAAAACUAGAAAAUUACAAGGCGAAGUAUGGGGUAUCAAUAAUAAAUAUUUGUGAGGAGCGUUGGAGACAGCCACAGCGAGUUCUUGCACUCCGCACUUCCAAAAAUGGAGCAUCUGAAGCAUUUGUAAAAUGGACUGGACUACCUUAUGAUGAAUGCACUUGGGAAAGUUUAGAUGAACCUGUGCUUCAAAAGUCUUCUCAUCUGGUUACACUUUUUCAUAAGCAUGAAGCCCUAACUCUUGAAAGGGAUGCAUCAAAGGAAAAUUCAGCAAGGAAAAGCAAUGAACAUCGGCAUGAUAUAUUUAAUCUUACGGAGCAACCUAAGGAGCUGAAAGGAGGUGCCUUGUUUCCUCAUCAACUUGAGGCUCUCAACUGGUUACGUAAAUGCUGGUAUAAGUCCAAAAAUGUGAUACUUGCAGAUGAGAUGGGACUUGGGAAAACAGUCUCUGCUUGUGCUUUUAUUUCAUCAUUGUAUUUUGAAUUCAAAGCUAAACUUCCUUGCUUGGUCUUGGUACCCCUUUCCACAAUGCCUAAUUGGCUUGCUGAAUUUGCGCUGUGGGCUCCGGAUGUGAAUGUUGUGGAAUAUCAUGGCUGCGCAAAAGCAAGAGCCAUGAUUCGCCAAUAUGAAUGGCAUGCUAAUGAUCCAAGUGGGUUGAAUAAGAAAACAGAAGCCUUUAAAUUCAAUGUGCUUUUAACUACAUAUGAAAUGAUUCUGGCUGAUUCUUCUCAUUUGCGCGGAGUUCCUUGGGAAGUUCUUGUUGUUGAUGAGGGACAUCGACUGAAAAAUUCUGGAAGUAAGCUUUUCAGUUUGUUGAAUACCUUCUCUUUUCAACAUCGUGUACUGUUGACAGGUACCCCUCUCCAGAACAACAUUGGUGAGAUGUACAACUUGCUCAAUUUCUUACAACCGGCAUCAUUUCCUUCUCUGUCUUCAUUUGAGGAGAAGUUUAAUGAUCUUACAACUGCAGAAAAGGUUGAUGAAUUGAAAAAACUUGUGGCUCCUCAUAUGCUUCGUAGGCUUAAAAAGGAUGCAAUGCAGAAUAUUCCUCCCAAGACAGAAAGAAUGGUUCCUGUUGAGUUGUCAUCCAUCCAAGCUGAAUAUUACCGUGCAAUGCUUACAAAGAAUUAUCAAAUAUUGCGGAAUAUUGGAAAAGGGGUUGCUCAACAAUCUAUGCUGAACAUUGUUAUGCAACUGAGGAAGGUCUGCAAUCAUCCAUAUCUCAUACCAGGAACUGAGCCUGAUUCUGGGUCUGUUGAAUUUCUUCAUGAAAUGAGAAUAAAGGCUUCAGCUAAGCUUACUCUCCUGCACUCUAUGCUAAAGGUUUUACACAAGGAAGGACACAGAGUUCUUAUUUUCUCGCAAAUGACCAAGCUGCUCGACAUCCUUGAGGACUAUUUGACCAUAGAGUUUGGGCCUAAAACAUAUGAGAGGGUGGAUGGCUCUGUUGCUGUUGCUGAUCGUCAGACUGCAAUUGCACGCUUUAACCAAGACAAGAGUCGAUUUGUUUUCUUGUUAUCUACCCGUUCCUGUGGACUUGGGAUAAAUUUGGCGACUGCUGACACUGUCAUCAUCUAUGACUCCGAUUUCAACCCUCAUGCUGAUAUCCAAGCCAUGAAUCGAGCACACAGAAUUGGUCAGUCAAAGAGACUUUUGGUAUACCGGCUUGUGGUUCGUGCUAGUGUUGAAGAGCGCAUCUUACAACUUGCCAAGAAGAAACUGAUGCUUGAUCAGCUUUUUGUAAAUAAGUCUGGGUCUCAAAAAGAAAUAGAAGAUAUUUUGAAAUGGGGAACUGAAGAACUCUUUAAUGAUUCUCCUGGCCUGAACACAACUGAAAAUAACAAUAGUAGCAAAGAUGAGACGAUAAUAGAUGUAGCACACAAGCAACGGAAGAGGACUGGUGGUCUGGGAGAUGUUUACAAAGACAAGUGCACGGAUAGCAGCAGCAAGAUUGUGUGGGAUGAAAAUGCAAUUUCUAAAUUGCUUGAUCGAUCUGACCUUCAAGAUGGUUCAACAGAUAUUGCUGAAGGGGAUACCGAGAAUGAUAUGCUUGGCUCAGUGAAGGCGGUCGAGUGGAAUGAUGAGCCAACUGAAGAGCAUGGAGUGGAUGAAUCUCCUCCUCACGGAACUGAUGAUUUGUCUACUCAAAAUUCUGAAAAGAAAGAUGAUAUUGUUAUGAUUGCCAAUGAAGAAAAUGAAUGGGACAGACUACUGCGUGUGAGGUGGGAGAAAUAUCAAAGUGAGGAGGAAGCAGCUCUUGGUCGAGGGAAGCGCCAGAGGAAAGCUGUUUCUUAUAGGGAAGCAUAUGCUCCGCACCCAACUGAAACAAUGAGUGAGAGUGGCGGUGAGGAGGAAAAAGAGCCAGAGCCAGAACCCGAACGUGAGUAUACACCAGCAGGACGGGCUCUGAAGACGAAAUAUGCUAAGCUCCGUGCUCGGCAGAAGGAGCGAAUUGCUCGGAAGAAAGAAGCAGCAUCACGUCCUCCUGAGGAAAUCCCAGGAGUUGAGCCACUCCCACAAUUUCCAACUAAUACUAAGGGUGGGGACAUAGGAGCUGGAGCAAUGCAUCCCGUUCAAGAGGUGCCUUCCGUCAACUUAGUGGACAGCAAAUCUAAUCAACUUGCAGAAGCACAAGUUCAGAACAGCAACAACACAGAUACCAUUUCAAGGAUCGACAGGCUUUCGAAACAUAAAAUGAGCAACCAUUUUGAUGCUCAUUUGAAUAAUCCAAGCCGUACUCUACCUGACAUUUUUGUCCCAAAUCACCAUAGUAAGGGCGGACCAAGUACCUCAAACUCUAUGCCCCCCAACAAUUUGUUGCCUGUCCUGGGACUUUGUGCUCCUAAUGCUAACCAGAUGGAAUCAUCAGAAAGUAAUGUUCCCAAGUUAAAUUGGAGACAAAAUAGACAUGGAGUCAGACAAGAAUUUCCAUUCAAUCUUGCCUCUUGCUCUGGGACAUCCAUGGAUGCAGAGGUCAGAAGUCAGGAAAUGGCACCAAAUACCAAAAUACCAGAUGCCUCGACUGAAAAUGUUAAACAUAGUUUCAAAAAUAGCAUCCCUGAUAGCAAUCUCCCCUUUGUUCCGUUCCCACCUUCUGUUAAAGGAAAGGAAUCCAAUGCAUUUGAAAAAUCAGGUGCUAGAUUCUCUGCUUUCCAGGAGAAGAUGGCCCUGCCAAAUCUGCCAUUUGAUGAAAGGUUACUGGCACGAUUUCCGCUUACAACGAAGAGCAUGGCAAAUUCACAUCUGGACCUCUUACCUAAUUUGUCAUUAGGAGGCAGGUUUGAACCUCUGAAUGGAUCUGGGCAAGACCUUCCAACAAUGCCAGCACUACCUACUUUCAAAAAUCCCCCUGAAGACUUGUUCAGAUAUAAUCAGCAAGACAGGGAUGUUCCUCCCACCUUGGGUUUGGGACAAAGACCAACCCCAUUCCCAUCUUUCCCAGAAAACCAUAGGAAGGUGCUUGAAAACAUAAUGAUGCGAACCGGCUCUGGAUCAAGUAGCUCGUUAAAAAAGAAGUCAAAAUCAGAUGGAUGGUCUGAAGAUGAGCUCGAUUCCCUCUGGAUUGGUGUCCGUAGGCAUGGAAGGGGUAAUUGGGAUGUCAUGCUCAGAGAUCCCAAGUUAAAGUUUUCAAGGUAUAAGACGCCUGAUGAUUUAUCAGGGAGGUGGGAAGAGGAACAAGUAAAGGUCUUUCAGGGGCCAGCUUUUCCUGUGCCAAGAUCUUCCAAGAUGACAAAGUCUACCAAAGCUGCACAUUUUCCAAUCUCUGAUGGAAUGAUGGAAAGAGCUUUACAAGGGAGCAAAUUCAUCUUGCCUCCGAAAUUUCAAAACCAUUUGACCGACAUGAAAUUAGGGAUAGGUGAGUCUGUGUCUGGUCUGCCACAUUUUAGGACAUUGGAUCGACCUAGUUUGCAAAAUGAUCAGUUUGUGCCAGUACCAUCUUGGAGUUCUGACAAACACAGAGCAAAACUACCUGAAGAUGGUUCUGCUGAAGCAUCUGAUAGGCCUGGGACUUCUAAUGUUCUUUCUGAGCACCCAUUUAUGCUCAAUUCUUUUGGAGCCAGUUCCUUGGGUUCUUUAGGUUUGAAUUGCUCAGGUGGCCUUGAUAUACGGCAGAAGGAAGAUGAACAAGGAAACAGGAAGCGAGGAAAGUUGCCAGAACUUCUGGAUGGAUCGUCCAACUAUUUGCGCGAUAAUCGUGCAAAUGUGGGAAAUGGUGAAUCAAUGGGCUCAGGAUUGGCAUCUAACGCCAUUAGACCUGAUCUUUCACACUCAAAAGGAGAUGAUGUAGCUGGAAGUAGUACUUCAAAAGACAAGCUUCCACACUGGUUGCGAGAAGCCGUGAGUCCCCCUGCCAAGCAUCCUGAUCCUGAACUGCCACCUACAGUAUCAGCAAUUGCUCAAUCAGUUCGCAUGUUAUAUGGAGAAGAUAAGUCAACAAUUCCUCCAUUUGUGAUUCCUGGACCACCUCCAUCCUUGCCAAAGGAUCCCAGGUGUAUCCUCAAGAAGAGGAAGAGGAGAAGGUCGCCUAAGUUUGAUCGGGGUCUUGCAGAUUUUGCAGGAUCCAGCAGGGACUUCCCCAGCAACCGCGAUGCUGAUAAUGGUGCUUCAAGCUCAACUCCAUCGGGGCCACCAUUUCCUCUACUUUCUCACACAGCAACUCGAGGACAGGUCGAAUCCAACCUCAGCUUGCCUCUUCUAAAUUUAAAAGAUUCAAGUCCAUCACUCUCAUCCGGACUGUCUCCUUCCCCUGAAGUGCUUCAAUUGGUUGCAUCUUGUGUUGCUCCUGGGCCUCAUCUUCCGCCAGUUUCGGGUGCUUCAAGCUUUCUUGAGGGCAAGCUCCCAUUGCCAAGGCCUGUUGCCAGAGCCAAAUUCAAGGACUCUGAAGGUGCCUUUGAAAACAAGAAAGCGCAUCAGGUUUCACCAAAAACUUGGUGUCCACCUGAAGACGAUAUAGUAGAACUCCCUGACAGCGGAGAUUCCAGCAAGACUCAAUCGGAUCCUUCCCGGGUCGAACGACCCGAUGAGGUUGAGGAGGUAUCAUCCGAGGGAACAGUCUCGGAUCAUGUGGUGGGAGAUCAGGAAACACAAGUGUAGUUUCUUGAAUUAUAAAUAAAAACCAUAUUCUUUUCUUGCUGCUUAGAGCCUUCUCACCAAGAUGCUAGAAUUUUUGUAGGUAUGACAAUGAGUGAAACUAGCAAAUAUAGGAUUGUUGAGAACAUGUGAAGGUUUUUGUCUCCAAGUGAAAAUGAAAUAUAGUAUUGCUUGCUGGGUAUUUUGUUUUA